AUGGGAAAGGUGCAAGCACAAAACUACGAUGAUUACGACCGGAUACGAUACUUUUACUACAUCCGGCCACCCCAAACGCCCAUCCCGAAGGACUGGUGGAUCGAUCCGAUGGCAACCACCACCGAAUCCGUCACCACGCUCAGCGCGAGCGAAGAAACCACGCUGCUCCUGUACGACAUCUUUAUACCGCUGCUCGGUUCACUCAUCAUAAUACUCAACCUGAUCGUGGUCGUGUCCGGUGUGUUGCUGCUGCGAAAAGGUCAGCAACCGUACACGACGUACAUGUUUCUAGGCAACGUAGCCGUGUCGGAUUUAUUGACGGGCUUUGCCGUCAUCUUUGGCCAGUAUGCACCGCGCGGAUACCGGGCCGAGGAAAACUGCACACUAAUGAUAGGUCUCAUAGUAUCCACGUCGCUGGUCUCGGUGUACAGCGUUGGACUGAUAGCGAUCGAUCGUUACCUUUACAUUGUGUACGGUUUGCAGUACCAGCGCUACCUAACCCGUACCCGGGCGCGUAUACUGAUUGCGGCCACCUGGCUGUUAGGAGCCACAAUCGGUUUUCUGCCCGCGUUAGGAUGGCGCGGAGAUACGGACGGUGGCCGAACGUGCUGGUUCAUACGGUUAGCUCCACCGGGUUUGGUGAUCCUGACCGCGGUCGUCGGUAUUCUGCCCGUAGUGCUCGUCAUCAUUCUGUACGGUAUCAUACUGCAGAAAGCGUUACGGCGCGUCAACCAGCUGAAAAAGGCAUCCCGUGAACUGCGCGGCGUACAGACGGGCAAUCUUCGACUGUUUCGCGGUGGAGCGGCAGCUGGCAGUGCAAAUGGCAAUACCGUUGGAUCCACCCAUCCAACCCCCGGUGAGUCGCCUGCUGCGGGGGAACUUAAUCGAUCAGGCGCCAACCAAUCGGACACGGACCACGGUUUAAGUGAGGAUGAACUAUCGAAAGCUAGGCCGGACCGCCGUUGUCUCUGUCUACGGUCGCGUUGUUGCUCCAGUACCGCGGGGCGGGCCCAGAAAGCGCUGAACGGUACCGAUGCGCCCAACAUCUCGACCACCGUGUCCACCACAAUGACGACAGCAGCGACAACGACGACAACCACCACCAGCAGCAGCAAAAGCCCGACCAAGUGGAAGGCGAUAAAAGUCGUGAUGUUCACGACGGGUAGCUUCGUCGUAACGUGGGUGCCGUACUUCAUCGCGAGCCUCAUGUACGUUGGCUGUGAUCCGGUAACGAAUGGGGAGCUGUGUCGCAGCCUACAGUUUGCCAUCGCUAGCCCGCUCGCGAUACUCGGGUUCGCCAACAGUCUGCUCAAUCCGAUCAUUUACGCCUGGUGGCACAAUGGGUUCCGGGCGUCGAUGAAGCGGCUCGGCAGCAAGGUUAGGAGCCGGGUUUGCUGCUGCUGCUGCUGCUACUGCGUCUGCUGUGGUCGCAACCAGCGCGAGGAAGAUGAGACCGGCCCGUGCGUUGUACGCUGCUGCCAUAAAUCAUCGCGCACGGCGCCAUCGACCGAUGCGUCCACGAACCGGAUCAGUGCGAACGGUAGCAGCAGCGAUGGAGCCGGACCUAACCGCCUGUCAAACCGCACGGUGACAACGACCGUGGGGCGUAGGUCGCGCCCGGCUAACCAGCCCUCCAGCGAUCAGGAAUUUUCCAUUACCGAUGAUACGGAUGUCGAGCAACCGUCGGGUAUGGUAAUCGGGACACGCCUCUAA